UUCCGAAUUCCGAAUUUCUGUCACAGUCUCACAGUGUUUUUGUUUUCUGAGCACAGUGUUCUGAGUUUAGGCACGUUUAGGGUCUGAGUGUUAGUGAUAAUUUUUAUUGUUUGUGUCAGUUUGAUGGCAAUAAUAUAGAAGUGAAUUAAUUUAAAAUAGUACAGGAAUUAUUUUGUAAGGUCCAGUUGAAUAACAUAAAUAACCAAGAUGGCUAUGAUGCAGAGAAGGGCCAAUGUACGUCUACCACCAGAAGUAAACAGAGUAUUAUACAUUAGAAAUCUUCCUUACAAAAUCACUGCGGAAGAAAUGUAUGAUAUUUUUGGAAAAUACGGAGCCAUCAGGCAAAUAAGAGUGGGAAAUACACCUGAUACAAGAGGGACAGCGUUCGUUGUCUACGAAGAUAUAUUUGACGCCAAAAAUGCUUGUGACCAUCUCUCUGGUUUCAACGUGUGCAAUCGAUAUUUAGUUGUACUUUACUAUCAGGCCAACAAAGCAUUCAAACGAGUUGAUGUGGAUAAGAAGAAGGACGAAUUAGAAAAGGUCAAGACCAAAUAUGGAAUCAACGACGAGAAAAAGUGAAUACCUACUGUUGUGAAUUGAUGUGUAAAUAUGAACAUUUCUAAUUGUAAAAUGGACUAUGUGAUCAUAUUAUAAGGCAAUUUGAAUGCCAGCUCCAAUGGUUUCAAUUUUGGUGCAGUUAUCCAGUUGAAACAUUAUGUGAAUUAUUUAAGUAUCUCAUAUCCGAUUGGACAAUAAUUUGGGCAUAUUUCCAUUCAGUCUGGUAUUGUAUAUCUAAAAAAUUGAUAAUGUUCUUUUAUAAUAUAUCGAAAUUAUUUCACACUAUAUAUUAUGCUAUAAUCACUUUGUAUUACUUUUAGUAGGUUUUUAAAAUACAUCUCAACGAUUCUAAGUACGGUAUCGAAAGUAUUUUUAUUAAUUGUGUCUUAGAUUUUGUAAUAUUAAGAUCCAAAAUUUAAAAAAAAAAACGUAGAAACCAUUUUGGAACUGUUGAAUGAAACGCAUUUUUCAUUUAUCUUCAGGACUUCAAUUCCUGGAAACAUUAGAAGUAAUACCAUUUUCGCUUUAUGAAUUUGUUUUUUUUUUUUGAACUUAUGCCAGUUAUUAAUUCAAUUUAUUAACGUUGUCCACACAAUAAAUCCCCUUUUUGAUUAUUACAUAAUGACAGAUAGAUUUUAAAAUCAAGUAUCAAUCUUUCAGUUUAACUAAUGUGAUCUAAUGAGGAAUGCAAUUUUAGGGUAUCAGAGAAAGUAGCUGAGAGUGUUGAAAAUUAUGGAUUUAUCUAAAUAUAUUCCGUUUUUCCAUCUUUGCCGCUUUAUUCUGACACAUUGGAAUACAUCUUUAUUUAUUCAUUUCAUUGACAAUUACAAAUCAUAAUUAUAAUAAAUAUAAUAUGAUUGGGAGAAGACAACAGGCAUAGCCCAAAACUGUCUUCUCCCAAAUUUUUACAAAUAAAUGUUUCAGAAAAGAAUAAGGUUAAGAUUUCACUUUCACUUCAAAAAGUCCUAUUCCCACUUCAAAACUAAUGACUAAACUAAUAGGCUACAUGCAUUACUUUUCAACACUCUCAGCUACCUUCGCCGCUUCUCUAUGUUUUGACACUUGGAGCCGGUUUCCGACCUCGGGAUUUAGCUAAAUUCUAGACUAAACAGCUGGAGUCAGAAAAUUGGCUCUCCGAAAUGGGGCAUAGCCAUAGUCCACGUUUAAAUCAAAUUUAGAAAAAUUUGAAAAUUGAACAGUGAACACAGAAUAAAAGAAAGAGAAAAUAAUAGUGUAGUUUCAGCUAUUUUGAACUAUUUAGGAAUGUUUCAUUUUGUCAAGGAGAAACUUUUUCAAUUAUAGAAAUGAGAAAAUAAAGAUUAUCAUAAAAACUACGACUACGCCCAGUCUCGGAAAGCCAAUUUUCGGAAUCCCGAGCUCGAAAACCGGCUCUUAGUCUCUAUUCAUACGUGCACUACUAAAAUCGAUGCUUAUUUUUAGCUAUAUACAGUACUUUCAUACCUUCCCUCAUACAGGCUUUGGCCUUUGAGGAGAAAUCGCAUGAUUGUUCUGUUGAAUUGAAUUAUUAAAAUUGUUCAAGUCGAAAUAAAAACAAAUUUGAUACAUUUUAUAAAAAGUUUAAUGGAAAAACUGUAAUAAAUUGAACUCGACUAUUCUUAAAUACUGAGCAUGAAAAGGAAUAUUUUUAAACGGGUUGCAUUGUUUCCUUGUUCAUGAUAGAGUAGUUAUCGAUAAAUAACUAGAGAACCGAAAGUAGAAAUAAAAACAAUCGCUCUCA